CUUGCCAAGUUGUCGAGCAGUAUGCUCCAACGAGUUCAAUAAGUAUGCCCGUCCUCGGGGACGAGGUUGGUAUACGCCGUGAAUGAACGGAAAACAAAUUGCGAGUUGACCGGUGAGUUUAUAAAUUAUAGCGUAAAUUUCAGGCGCCUAACGUUAGCUUGCUUGCCUGCAAAACGUGUGUUGCUGAGUGACAGACCGUGCUGUAUUCUAAGUGAGUGACUGGUCUCACUGUUCUUUUUUCAAUCUUUAGCAAUAUUACUUAUCAGCAAUAUCGGCUCAUACUAUUUCUAUAGUUUUGAACGAUAGUUGUGCAUGGUCUCGAACUUCAAAGUCAAAGGCAUCACACUCACAGUUCACAUCAGAAAAUUUCAGUGUGCAUGGACGCAUGAUCGCCCAGCCUCAUCAGCUCAGGGAUGAUCAGAUGAUGGUGUAUUCAGUGGUGAGUUUGCUCCGUGGACCGUGCGUGUGACUGAUUAACACACUGUACAUGUAGCCGUAUAGCGUCAGCCAAGAUGUGGCAAAGCUUUAUUGAUGGAGAUGCGGGGCUAUUCAACAAGUUUGGGCCAGCCCCUCUUCCAGCCAUUUCCAGCAACCAGCCUGGUGCCCAGACUCCACAGCCCAAUGACUACAACCAAAUUAUUCCCCUCGGCGGGCGCCGGUCUCAGCUGUCCAACGUCACUGCGGUCCCUGCCUAUGCAGGGGACUACACAGAGAACAGACUACGACAGGUGGAGGACAGACUGAACAUGUCUGAGCAGUCAUGUCGGGCGUUACUGGAAGAAGUCGUCCGAUUGAGAGGGGAGUUGAAGCAGUCGCACCUGCGCUCAGACGAAGCCAUCCAGAGCGAGCGCCAAUCCCGCCAGCAGCUCGCCGACAGCAUCCGGUCCAGCAACGAUCUGAUUGGUCAGCUGGGAGCGAGGCUCAAGCGGGCCGAGGAGCGCGUGUCCGACGAGAGGACGGCCGUAGGGGCGCUGGUCAACCACACCAAGCAGGUGGAGCAAGCGGUGCUGGGGAGCCAACAAGAAUUGGUGGCCAGGAGAGACCAGCAACUAACUAAAAUCGCUGAGCUUCGCAACGACUUGGACGAGGCCAAUCGGCUGAGGGAGCAGCUGGAGAGAGCAACCACAACCUUGGUGGACGAAGUGCGAGCCAUCAAGGGCAAAGUGGACACUCAGCACAUGGAAUCGACCAGCAUUGUGCAUGACGUCAAGGAGCGCACCAAGAGACUAGAGGAGGACAACAGAACACUGAUCUCUAGAUAUCGCAUCCAGCAUAGCGACCAGGAGUUGAACUCUGACAAGAACCUGACCCAGCUCAGGUUACAGAUGAGUGCCAGACUUGGUGAGGUGAGGGAUGUCUUGAUGGAUCUCAGGAAUCGAGUCACCACGGAGGAGACGGAGAGAAGGCAACAAGAGCAGAACUUCUUCCUCAAGCUGAAUGACAUCCAGUCCCAGGUCCAUGAGCAGUCGCGCAAGCGCGACGAGACCAUACACACCAUCGACGUGGUCCAGAGAGAGCGGGAGCACGCCGCCGACAACGAACGGCUCAAGAUGCAGGGCAAGAUUGCCGAGAUUGCUGAGGAGGUCAGCCGCAAGAUACUCUCCAAGGAAAUCAGACUGAGGGAGGAGGCCCAGCAAAAGUUUGGGAAUAUUGAGAAGUAUCUCCAUGCUGAGCAAGCUGCUCGUAUCGCUCACGAGCAAGCCAUGCGAGAGGAGAAUGAGAAGAGGUGGGCUGCACUACAGAAACUCACAGAAGAGGAAGUACUACACGUCAGAGAAGGACAGAAAUUGGACAGGCACAAGAAUGUGGGCGGCAUGUCCAAGGUAAAUGAAUAUAUGGACAAACUGGAGAAGAUGCAACACGAGACCAAGAAACAACUAGAAGCCGUCAUGAAAGCUGAGAUCAAGUCAAGGCAAAAUCAAGACAAGCAGAUUGAAGACAAGAUAGAGGACGUUCAAGAGAAGCUGGGCGUGGCCAUCUCCACCUUGCAGCAGGCCAUCGGAGGCAUCAAUGAGCAAGUAUCGUCAGCUACUAGCCAGUAUCAAGACAAGGUGAAGCUACUUAUUGAGGAGCAGAGCCAGGGCGGGUUACGAGGCUUAGCUGACCUGGAUGCGAGGGUCAUGGCCUUACAGGCCAAGCUGGCAUCGCAAGAGGAAGAAACUCAACGAACCGUUACUAAGGCAAUUGCUGAGGCGAUUGAUGAUAAGGAUAAGCAGGCGUCUAAAUCGCUGAUGGAAGAUCAGGCUGAGAAACUGGAGAAGAUAGACGACUGGCGGGACAGUGCCGAGAAGAAACUCAAACAGAUCAAGGAGCGUAUGGAUGAACUCGGACCAGAGAUUCGUGAGAUGAAUCGGACCAAUGAGACACUGCAGGAGGACAUGAAGGGGCUGAUCGACUCGGAAUCCAAGGAUAGAAUCCGUGAUGUCCAGAUGGUUCGUCAGGACCUGCAGACUAAGUACACCCAGCUCCAGCAGGAUAUAGAGGCAGCCAAGCAGGCCAUACCUAGCGGCGGUGAGGCCGCCGUGCCUGUCAUUCCAGUCACUCAGAAGGAGAAGCUGGCCCAGGGGAAAGGAGGCGGCAAAGUGGACGAGGCUACCAAGGCUAGGAUUGAUGAUAUUGAGGACAACAUUAAUAAGCAACGGAAGAAGUUUGAAGAGCUGAAAGAGCAGAUAGGGAAAGCUGAGAACAGCAUACAGACAGUCCGAGUCCACCUGGGAAGGAAGAUAGAUGCAGAGACGAAAGCUAGGCGAGAGGAGGUACAAGACAUGCAAGGUUUGUUUGAGGAGUUGCAGGGCCGGCUGGCCCCGUUAAUUGACGGCAAGAGCCCGGCGGAAAGACGCUCGACGCCAACAAACAAGGAGAACGGGCCGGAGUCGGCCAAGGGGAGUAAGAAGGGGAGUGCAGCAGGUAGGGGGAGGACGUCGGCCGGAAGCAACAAUGUUAGUUAGCUCAGGAAUGCGUUGGGAUUCGGGGCAACAAAGUGUUUACUUUGAUGCUUGGCCACUUCUUGAUUGAAUGGCUGCAUAGAUUGUGAAAAUGUCAAUCAUUACGCGUUCUAUGGAAAUCACCAGCCUCAAAGCUAAGGGCCACUUAAAGUUGCGACUACAAAAAAAAAAUAAGAACUAGAGAUACAAGUUAACCAGUUCAUGCUGGAUGACGUGUAUACACGCAAAGGUUUUGCAGUAUUCGAAACAGAUGACGGAUAAAGAUGCAGGGAGCGAGGCUGGAAAUAUCUGCCAGCGACUUGCUCUAGGCCGAAAAUAUGAGGGCAGAGUUUUUAACAAGCCAUAACACCCCCCCCCCCCCUCCUGGGAAUAAACACUAAGGGAGAAAAAUAAACAAUGUUGUGCUUUAAAUGUAAAGAAGUUUAGACCGCAUUUUGGAAGAUUAAUCAAAGUUUGCUGUUCAUUUUAUGUUUUGCUGGACAAAACAUUUGGAACAAUUUACAAAUGUGUGUUUUGUGUGUGACUUUUUGCUUGUAUUUCCAAGAUUUUAUAACUUGGAAAAAAAAUGUAAAAAGCGUGAUUUUGACAUUGAAUUUUGUAACAUUAAAAUGCCUUGCUUGCAACUUAACAACUUCUGUAGAUGUUAAACUUAACAGAAAUCUAAAAUGACUCGUUGUGAUCCAGCGGAAUUUCAACGGGAACAUUUGGAGAAAAAAAAGGGCUUUUUGAUCUUGCAUUUUUUUUUCAGCAAAAUUGUCAAAAAAAAUGUCAGUCUUGUAAAUUCUGAAGCUCCGUCUCUGCUUUUAGAGUAUCAGUUGGAAAAUGAUCAAACGUAAAAUUUGCCUUUGUUUAGAAGGUGAAAAAUGGCCAAAUAUAACAAUGAAUUUUCUGCUGUUGCAAUGUUUGGUAUUAUAAGAAAAGGUACUCACAUUUCUGUUCGUGCUUUAAAGGUAAUAAUAUACAACAUUUGCUUUUGCUGUCGUUUAGAGAAAUUAGUGAAUUUGGAAGUUACUUUAAAGCAAUUAUUGUUACACUGACCUCUUCAAAGUUUUGUGUUCAUAUAUGCUGGAAAAACGAAGAAAAAAAGCUGUUCUUGUAGUCUGGUUCCCUGACCCUACCUCAGACGAAACAGAGCCAUUUAUGAACGUUGGGGAGUUGUAAGGUCAGGGAACUUGACUAUCAGGCUUUCACCCGUUGUGUAACCGAUUGCAAUCAAAAUAUGGCCUAACUAAAGUACUUGGAAAAAAAACCUCUGUUUUUUUUUCCAAAGAUGGUCGGCUGACUAUCGUUGGAAAUUGAUAAAAAAAAUCACUUUUCUUAACAAUGACAGUACACCAGGUGCCAUGAUUUCACAGGAUGAUUGAGGUUAUUCACUUGCAGUCAAGUAACAUAUUUCAUAAUAAUUUGGUUGUUUUGUUUUUUGAUGUUUGCAAAUGGUGUAUAUUGCCUUUAAACUGUGUCUAUCUGCAUGUGUUUCAUUUAUCAAUUGUUAUUUAUUUAUCGGAACUUCCAUAUAAUGUCUUGCUCGUCCAAGUUAACUAGAAUGGUUUGUUGACUUCAAAGGUAUAUAUUUAUACAUACAUUUUAACAGUUUUUGCUGAAAUAUUUCUUUAUUAACAGGAAGUGUCUGUCCACCAUCUUCCUUGUGGUUAUAAGUGUGAAAAAUGUCCUUGUGCCUUCUAAAAAAUAUAUUUACUGUGAAUAUUUAUUGUAAAAAUGCUGUAAAAAAAAUCUGUACAGAAAGAAUAUUUAGCAACAUGGUGAUAUGGAGUGUUAACGUUGUUCUGUUUUAAAGGGCCAAUUUCACAAUAAGAACAACUACUUAUUUAGGCAUAGUUAAUAUUCUUCUGAAGUGGUGUUUAAUUUGGAUGGAAUUUGUAAAAUAUAGAAACAGCUCGGUUUACUUUUGA